AUGCCCAAGGAGAAGUCCGCACCUCGCAAGGCCAAGGCCACCAAGGCCGAUGGCAAGAGAAAGAAGGAUCCCAACGCGCCCAAGCGCGGUCUGUCGGCCUACAUGUUCUUCGCCAACGAGCAGCGCGAGUCUGUUCGCACGGAAAACCCUGGCAUCAAGUUCGGCGAGGUCGGCAAGAUGCUCGGUGAGAAGUGGAAGGCUCUCUCGGAGAAGCAGCGCGCCCCCUAUGAGGCCAAGGCCGCCGCCGACAAGAAGCGCUACGAGGAUGAGAAGGCCGCCUACAACGAGGCUGCCGAUGACGAGGAGGAGGCCUCGGAGUAA